CACGUGUUGUUUUAGUAACUCAAUUGAACGAUAGAUAGUUUUGUCUUUAGUUGGAGAAUAUUAAUGUCUUUCAUACACUAUAAUGUAUGUCUCAAGUGCAAAGUGGCUUGAAAUGUAAUAGCAAACUCAAAAAGUGCCUCAGAAGGUAAAUUUUUCUAGAACAAAUGUUUAGCCCCUGGCGUGAAAAAAAUAAAGCAAAAGUAAAAAGGAAAAAAAAAGAGAAAAACAAAAGAGAAAAGAAAGGAGCGGUAAUAAAAAGUAGCGAGAAAGCCAAUUAAUACAAACAAUAAUCUGUUUUUAAUUCUUUUUCAUCUCAAAUGCCAUUUUCAUUUAUCUUCUUAUCUUCCUUUACAAAAAAAUAUAAAAAGAUAAAAAAAAACCAUUUCGAAAAGCUCACCUUCUCUUUCUUCUUCCUUUAAAACCUCACUUAGCCAGCCUUUCCCGUUGACAAAGGCAACCCUCAUACUCUCUUUCUCUCCCUCUCCUUUACUCUCUCUCUCUCUUCCUCUCCCUCUCCUUUAACUUUCUCUCUCUAAAUGGAUGCUCUUAGCUUUGUGAAAUUUUGGCUAACCAAUAACACCAACGGCAAUAAACCCCGCCGUGAAAUCAGAAUCUCAGAAUCCGCCGUCGAAUCCUCUACCGCAUUGGGAGACUCCGAAGUUGAUCUCUGCGAAGAAGACGAUUCUUUCUUCGAGCUCGAGAUCUCUCUCUCCGACUUCUCCUUAAAGAAAAACAAAAUUCCUGAAGAAACAGAAGAAAAACAGAACACGUUCCCUGUCUCCAAAAGCAAAGUCCUCCCUUUCGUCGAAACCACCUCGAAACCUCAAUCUCCAAUCACUCUCCUACAACCCAGUGAAAAGCUCCGUGCUUUCUCCUUCAAGAAGUCAACGACGACGGAGAAGAAAGAACCCAACAGCAGAAGCCUCAACGUAAGGUUCAGAUUCGAAGACGAGACAACGAGGUGUGAAGACUCUGCUUCCUCUGUUCCUUCCUCCUCAAAGAGAUUCUUUGAUCUCAUCAAGCCAUUGUACAAUAAAACAACGAAAAAACAGAGCAUCAACAGUGUGUCCACUUCUCCGGCGUCUUCACCGGCGGCGAGAGAGAAACAGAGGAGUAAUAUUACUCGAAGUGUGAGGAGACAACUUGGGAAGAGCCGGUCGGCGUCUGCGACUGUCGGAGCCAUGUCUCCGGUGAAGAGACUCGACGAGUCUUUACAAGUGCAACAAGAUGGGAUUCAAAGUGCGAUUCUCCACUGCAAGAAAUCGUUUCACGGGUCGAGAGAAUCUUCUAUGUUGUCCCGAUCUACUAGUGAAUCUUCCUCACAAGAGAAGCUCAGUACUUCGUCUUCUGAAGAUUCGUAUUUGUUUUCAAGAAUGUCAAGCGAUUCAAUGUCGGAGAAAUCAAUCGAUAGUCUGACUUCAAUCAAGGAACAGAGGGAGAAGAUUAGCGAUUAGCUUUAAUUUUGUCAUAAGAAAGAAAAAGAAAAUUAGAUCGGUCCAUCGGAGGAAAUUUAGUCUUUUAAAAAUUAUUGUAAAAAAACGUAGUUUGAAGUGGUGAAUGGUGAUGAUGAUGGCAAAACAGACAAAUCUUGUUGCAGGAUCAGCAGAGUCUCAGAUUAGUGAUGGCUCUUUCUUUUGCCUUUGUAUUGUGAUGGAUCAUUAUGUGAAUCCUGACACCUAGAAAUUUUAAAAAAUAUGGCAAAUAUUUAUUUAUUACA